AUGGUAAAUGAAGUCAAGAAACGUACGAAGCCGUGCAUAUCAUGCAAACUAUCGAAGGUUAAAUGUGAAUAUACCGAAGCUUUACCUUGCAAAAGGUGUUUGAAACUCGGUAUCCACUGUCAGUUCGUACGAGACGUACGAAGGGUGCAAGUACCGGUGCCGGUUCCCCCAGCGGUUCCUGUACCUGCCCCUGUACCAGCUCCGGGGAAUGGAAUGGCAGUGCCCCAUAGAAUAUCAAAUAUAAUUCCAGUUGUGCCACCAGUGCAUGGAAUGGGCAGCCAGACAAGUAAUCGGACAAUACCACAAGCAGGUGGACAGCCGGUAGCACCCCCUUCAAGAGAAAAUGGCGAUUCCUGGACAAACAAUAUUGAUAAUAGGUUGAAUAAUUUUGAAUCGUUACUUGAGACAAUGCUUUCCGCAUUGUACAAAAAUAAUAUAGAACAGCAAUCACGAAUGGGACAAAUGCAAAAAGAGAUCAAUUCACAAGCCAGGUUGACCCAAAGCUUUUUAUCUUCGCAGAAAAAUAAUAGACGAAAUGCCGUAAAGCUGCCGAACUUAUCUCAGUUGGAACAAUCUUUAGAAACGUCACAAUGGCAGCAGCAACUGCCUCUGCAACCGCAACCGCAACAGCAACAGCAACAGCAACCGCAGUCUCAUUCUUCGCUCCAAUUUUCAAAUGGAACUUCCAUACCGCCUUUGCGGGGUAAUGGAAACCCCACCUUUAAUGAACAACAGCAGAGUAGCGUUACUACUAGUACUCAUCAUGAAAUAAUUGACAACAGAAAGGUCACUGUCACAGACUUUAGAACUGCUGGUUCGAUUACGAAGGAACAGGCAAAAGUUUUGCUAGAUUAUUUUAUUCAAUACUUUAGCCCUCAUUUAUUUGGUUUUACUUUAGGAGGUGUUAGUGUACAAUCCUUAUGGUCCGAUUCUCCGCUGCUCUUAGCCUCGAUCUGUACGAUAGCUUGUUGUCAUCACCCAGAACUUGAUUAUAAAUUCCAUGAGUUGCAUUCAUCAUUGCAUUGGUUUGCAUCACAGUUACUUCUUCCCACAGAUGCUGAAUUAAAUGUAGAACACACGAUUUUGGGGUUAAUAAUUGCGUCAUUAUGGUUGUCAUCGAGCAAGAUGUUUAGUUCGUUAGCAUUACAUUUGGCAAGAGUAUGGAGGGUUGACCAGCUUUAUUCUCCUCAGUUUGAGAAGCUAUGGUACUUACUCUAUAUUUUAGAUGGAAGUGAGAAUUUAACUUCUCACAAGAGCCCUUCGAUUUAUAAGGACAUGGAACCAUUAAUCAAAGAUUCUAGGAGAAUUAUUAUAGACGGAAUAGAGAAGAACUCGUCAGGAGGUCAGUUUUUCAGGAAGGCAAUGUUGGAAUACGAUCAAAGAAAGAAACAUACUGCAACUCACAAACAGUUAGAAUUGCUAAAUGAAGUCAGAAGCGAGAAGCUUGAGUUGAGUCAUACCACCUUGCAAGAUCUACGGCUACUUACUCAACUUGAAUAUCACAUGGCAAUGGAGUCUGUCUUUCAUAAUAAAAAUACACGUUCGCCUUCUUUGCAUGAUGAAUCGUUGGAGGCAACAAUGACUCUUUUACCAACAGAGAAGUUUGGCAUCCCAUGGACUAAUAAUAUGGAUCUUGAUAAAUGGAUGAUCUCUUGGACUAUCGCGUUACAAAACAUAAAAGUUCAGAAUGACCCGUGGUGCUUCAAAUCAACAUUAUUAUAUUACAAUUUUGCUCGAAUGCAUAUCAACACAAAGGCCCUAUUGCAGGGCAAGAAAUCCACCCUGCUGGAUAGUUUAGAAAAUGUUGAGCUUAUUAAGCUAUGGCAUCCGCACUCUAAUAGUUCCGAAAUUAAAGAAUCAGCAGACAGUACGGAGCUGUCUGCUACGAAGGAAAUUUCACGUUCAUCAGCCUUGGCACUACUCAAGUUGGCAACUAAAGAUAAAGACCUCACACAAAUUUUCCAGUUCUUCCCUACACAUAUUUAUGUUAUGUUAUAUUAUGCGUCAUUGGUUGUUCUUAAUCCUAGCAUGAUAGCGGAAAGAAGUGAAAAAGAAUGCAAACAAAGUUAUGCUUUGGUAACGAAACUAAAGAAAAUGUUACAAACUGCGACAAUAUCAGAUAAAACUUUGAAAGAUAACUUGAUAAAAGCCUUAUAUCAAUUACUAGUUAGUUUCAAACAAGAACUGGCCGCAAUUGAUGAAACUUCAAGGAAAGUCUAUGAACUAUUGGACGAAAACGAUGAAAAGGAAACCACUGGUAAGCAAGGUCGUAGACCCAUUCUUGCCUGGCCAGGCACUAACCCAGGUCAUCCAUAG